AUGAGUUCCAACGAUCCAAGUAGAACAGUAUCAGACAAUUCAACAAAUGUGCCUGUAUCCGAUUAUCAUCGAAACGAGGGCAGACAUUUACCAUCAGAUGAAAAUCGAUUUCGAUCAUUAUAUGUUGGUGCACACAUGCCAUUCACUCCAAGUGAAAGAAAACGAAAAGGAAAAAAGAGACGAACUGUAUUGGUAAAAGAAUCAGAUGGAAUAAAAACAGAAGAUGCACCAACCGAACAUCCAAGUCAACGUGUACAGUUUCUUUUGGGUGCACCAGAGGACGAGGAUGAUGAAGACGAAGAACACAAACCACAUGAUUUGUUCAUUGAAUUAGAUGAACUGGUAUCACCGUCAGCAGCCGAAGCUGCUUCUGAUUCAGAAACUGUUGAACAAGGAUGGAAAGAAACAGCACGAUGGGUAAAAUUUGAAGAAGACGUUGAAAGUGGUGGACGAUGGAGUAAACCACAUGUAGCAACAUUAUCAUUACAUUCAUUAUUAGAACUUCGAAAAUGUAUUUUGACUGGAAGCGUCAUAUUAGAUAUGCACGCAGAAAAUCUUCCAAUUAUAGUCGAUAUGAUUUUGGACGACUUAAUCGCUGGUGGUUCUCUACAACAAGAUAAACGACAAGCGCUACGAAAUGCAUUGUUAUUAAAACAUAUUCAUCAACAUGAAAAAACAUUUCAUAAACAUUUACAUCGUGAAGAAGUCAAAAAAUCAUUGCCGUUUACACGUUCAUUAGCCGAAUUUUCACGUAAUCGAUCUCAUCAUGAUGUAACAAAAUUAAGUAGUCAUGAUCAAAUGGCACCAACUCAUCCAUUACCGUCAUCGCCUCAGUUACCAACAACUCCUCCAGCUACAGGAUUACAAGUGACAUCCGAACGACCACGGCAGUCUGAAAGUGGUAUAACAAAUGAAGAUUCAGCUACGGCUUUAACACCAGCUGAAUCACGAGCCAAAAUCAAUCAACAUUUUAUGAAAAAAAUACCACCCGGAAGUGAAGCUACCAAUGUUCUUGUUGGCGCUGUGGAUUUUUUAACAACACCAGUCAAUGCAUUUGUUCGUUUAGCCAAAGGUGUUAAUUUGGGCGAUUUAACCGAAGUGCCUCUUCCAACACGAUUUCUCUUUAUAUUAAUGGGACCUCAAAAUGAAUUGGCACGCUAUCAUGAAAUUGGGCGAUCAAUAUCAACGUUGAUGUCAGAUGAAAUCUUUCACGAUGUUGCAUAUCGAGCUCAUGAUCGAAAUGAUUUACUGGCAGGUAUUGAUGAUUUUCUUGAUCAUGUAAUUGUGUUACCUCCAGGUGAAUGGGAUCCAAACAUUCGAAUUGAACCACCAAAAAGUGUAACGAAAAGAGAAGAACGCCUAGAUCGUACGAAAAUAAAUGGUGUCACACAAAUGAUAGAAGAAGAACAUCCUGAACAUGAAAACAAUCCUACUUUAUUUAGAACGGGAAGAUUUUGUGGUGGUCUUAUUCAAGAUAUAAAACGAAAAGCUCCGUUUUAUUGGUCCGAUAUAAAGGAUGCUUUUUCAUUUCAAUGUAUUGCAACAAUCAUAUUUCUCUAUUUCGCUUGCCUUAGUCCAAUAAUUACAUUUGGUGGUCUGCUUAGUAAAGUUACCGAUAAUAAUAUGGCAGCUAUUGAAAGUUUAUUAUCCGGUGCUGUAUGUGGCUGUCUAUAUCAUUUAUUUGCUGGUCAACCGUUAACUAUUCUCGGAAGUACUGGUCCAGUACUUGUAUUUGAAACAAUUGUCAAUCAGUUUUGCAAAACUCAUCAUUUUGAUUACAUGGGUUUUCGUGUAUGGAUUGGAUUAUGGACCGCCGCGAUUCUCUUAAUUAUGGUUAUGACGGAUGCAAGUUAUCUAGUUAAAUAUAUCACACGAUUUACGGAAGAAAGUUUUGCUGCUUUAAUUGGUAUUAUAUUUAUUUAUGAAUCAUUCGAUAAAAUAAUUGACAUCAGUACUCAAAGUCCAUUUCGUCGUAAAACCGAACGUUUAUUGCCAGAUAAUUGUAGUUGUAUCGGAGGUAUAGCUGAGAAUAGGACAGCUAAAUAUGGAUUAUCACUUGAUGAAUGUACGAGACAAGGUUUAACAUUGUUAUCUGGUGAUACAUGUCCAGUAACAAAUGCAGUUCCCGAUGUAUUUCUGUUUUCAAUUAUAUUAUUUUUAUCAACAUUUGUCAUGUCCUAUACGUUUAAAAAUUUUAAAUUUACAAGAUUUUUACCAAUGACAUUAAGAUCAAAAAUAAGUGAUUUUGGCGUUGUAUUAGCGAUUGGUAUCAAUGUAUUAAUCGAUUUUUUUAUUGGUAUUAGUACACCAAAAUUAGACGUGCCACAAAAAUUUGAAACGACCUUAAAAGGACGAGGAUGGUUUAUAAGUCCAUUCAAUCGAAAUCCUUGGUGGUUGUCGUUGGCGGCAUUGCUUCCCGCACUGUUAGCAACGAUUUUAAUAUUUAUGGACCAACAGAUUUCUGCUGUUAUUGUCAAUCGAAAAGAAAAUAAAUUAAAAAAAGGUUGUGGUUAUCAUUUGGAUUUGUUAAUUGUCGCUACAUGUAUUGCUGUUAAUUCACUAAUUGGUUUGCCGUGGUUCGUUGCCGCAACUGUAUUGUCAAUUAAUCAUGUAAUUAGUUUAAAACUUGAAUCAGAGACAGCGGCACCGGGAGAAAAACCACGAUUUCUUGGUGUUCGAGAGCAACGUGUUACAGGAUUUAUUGUAUUUUUAUUAAUUGGUCUAUCGGUAUUUUUAACAACUUUUCUUCGUUUUAUUCCUAUGCCUGUUUUAUACGGCGUUUUUCUUUACAUGGGUAUAUCGUCAAUGAAAGAAAUUCAAUUAAUAUCAAGAUUAUUGUUAAUUUUUAUGCCAGAAAAAUAUCAACCAGACAUGGUUUAUUUAAGACACGUGCGAACAAUACGUGUACAUUUGUUUACUUUAAUUCAAUUGACAUGUUUGAUAAUGUUAUGGGUUAUUAAAUCAGUUAAAAAAAUAUCAAUAUUAUUUCCGAUUAUGGUAUUAGCAUUGGUGGGUGCACGAAAAGCAAUGGAUUAUUUAUUUACCCAGCGUGAAUUAUCUUAUUUGGACGAUGUGAUGCCGGAAUCAACGAAAAAAGAUGCAGAAGAUCGAGAAAUAUGUGAUUCAAAUGGUAGCCAGGAAAAUCAGGCAUAUUUCACUGGUGAAAUUCGUAUUCCGGUUGGUGAUGGCAAAGUUAUUAAAGUCGAUAAAGAUAAUGUUAAAAUUGAUCCAUCUACUGGUGUCAUAAAUAUUUCUGAUGAAGUUGCAAAAACGUUUUUAUGGAAAUCAAUAGCAAACGAAAAAAAAGAUAAUACUAGUAAUAAACCGACAACAUCAUCUGAAUCUACGAAAACACAUGGAUCAGGUAUCAAGAAAAGAAUUAGAAAAUUGAGUCUUAAUUUUAUUGGUGAAGAUCAUGAAGAACGACCAUUAAUGAAAGAUGUUCCAGAUAAUCAAACAUCUGGUUCAAAAACUAAACAGCAUCAAUCAACACCCUUACCAUCAAUUAUUAUCGAUAAACCAGAUACUAUUGUCGAAAGAACUAAAAGUAUUAGUAGUCAAGAUAAUGACACACGUCUAUGA